AUGAAGAACUACACUACCGACAUUCGUAGCGCAUGUGGGGAGCUCACAGAUACAACGCACCUGAACCAAACCUUUGUGGAACCUCAAUUUUGA